UGACAUUUUAUUUAAAAAUUUUCAGUUUUUCCGAAUAAAAUAACUUAAUAAAAAUAAGUGGUCAUGGAUAAACGUUCAUAUGUUAAGCGUUUGAAUCGUUUGAUAAGUAAGGAAUGCGAAAUUACCGAGAUGGAGACGAAGAUUGCCCGAAAAAGUGCCAAAUAUUGGGAAAAAAUAACAAACUUAAAGACAAUCAUGGCAAAACAGGAGAAUGAACUACGUUAUUAUCGAAGACAAGUGGAUAAAAUAAAGAUGCAAAACGAAAAACUGGAAGCAUACAUUCACUCUGAAGAGCAACGUUUAAAUGGCAUCAUGGAAACUGUUGAGCGAUUAAGGGAAGAACACGAAAAGGUCAAAGACAAACAAAUUAUGAAAAGAAAACUAGAGAUGGAUCGAAAGGAAUUUAUUCGCAAUAUCAAAGAAACCACACAAACCUAUUUCAAUAUGGAUGCCCUACCUCAACGGUUUGAAGGAGUUCGUGUAUGUGAAACAGAAACCUCCAGUAUGUGGAUACCAUUCUCAGUCGAUGCCAAGGAAUGGAUGCAAUAUUUAGAGGAACAAUGGUCAUUAUGGCAACAAAAUCAUCAUCAAGAACAAAUGGAACUGGAUAGUGCGGGGACGAAAGGAUAUCAAUAUUCUGAACAAAUAAGUUAGGUCAAUGUAAAAUUUAAUUAGCCAUAUAUCAUGUUAAUAUUUUCAGUACAAAUAAGUAUAAAAUUAAGAGAAUUUAGUAUUAAAAGUUUCACAGCAUUGUAAAUAAAUUAAACAAUUAAAUGAAAUGAUUACAAAGGCAGACACUAAUUAAGAAAUAUUAAA